AUGUACCACCCGUAUUUGGGGUCAUUUCGGGAAAGAAAAAUGUACACCACGCUGGCACCAAGUCUCUGUAUCCCCUCGAGGAAUAGGCGAUGCUCUUACGAGCUUGUUCCACACAAGGCUUAUUCGCCGAAACAAGGGGAAUGGCUGGUAGAGCGUGAUAGGAAUCAUCGAGUGAUGCUCCCUCGCACUACGAUGCAGCCUCGCAACCGAUUUGAGAUGCCACAGGAACCGAAUUUGAGACGUUGCUAUACCUUGCCGACAAGCACCACUAGAUUUGAGAACUGGUUUCGGUACUGGCGUGGACGUACUUCUGGUCUUGAUUACAUGGCUCCAUUCCUUCAACCAGAUGACUGGAGACCUGCUGAGGAUCGACGCUACCAUCGCAUCUACUGGGCGCCAGAGUUCCUCUCAAUCACACCAUCAUGCCGACACGCCGCUAGUUUCAUGCUGACCGCUUACUAA